GAUACGCUAUUUUCUGAGAACGGUGUCUUUCACGGCCAUGAGAAGAUAUCAUGUGGCAUUUUUGACGAUCUGGAGUUUGUACGUCGGCUGCAUUGCUGCAGCAUCUCCACCUUCUACUCUUGAAGUGGGGCAUCCGUUUCAUCACGCUAAAUUAGCACCCAGCAGUGGCAUUGUCGAGAACCAGGAAGAAGAUCCCAUUUCCAAGUUUCGUGUCGUUUUCCCGGUAGACGGAGAUGUCGAGACACUUCCUCUCGCAUUCCGAGUCGACAUUGAAGUGCAAAGCGUCAGUAGAUACAGAGCGGAAUAUGGAGAUAAAUUACUCUGUGUCGAGCUGAACGCAACAUGGCAAGAGUGCGGGUCGUUUGCCGAAGCAAGUAUUGGAUUCGACGGUCUCCCUACUGGGAGUUAUUUCGCUCGGGCUUUCAUUACCGAUGAGCGAGGUAUUGUCCGAUACCGUGAAACUCCAUCUCUCACGAUUACAGUUGUGACAGAUGAAGAUUUUAAUGUGUACAGUUCUGCAAUGAUGGAGCUGAAUGGUGAUAGUUCUCGAAAUGGAGAAAGCCUUUUGAACUGGGCGACUUAUCAGCAGAUAUUGGCAAGACUUUCAAUACCAACUAUUGGUGUAACUAAGUCGAGUGUUAAUACUAACAAAACUCAACUAGUGAUUGGAGUCAAGACAGCAGUGGUGGAGAAUUUUGAAUAUCGACAAAGUAUUCGCGAAACGUGGGCGAGUCCCAACGCUCUUCCACAUGACGUGAAAGUGGUUUUUGUGGGUUGUACGCCAAACUUGGCUGACAUUCAGAACAAGGAUAAGCGAGAGAGGAUUCAAGCUGCGAUUAGUUUGGAAAAGCAAACGUACGCCGACUUACUAACUGAUGAAUUGGACUGCGAAGAAUCUUCCGAAGACCUACCGAAGGUGAAGGGAUUCCUACGCUUUGUCACGAACGCAUUUUCACAGGCGCCCUUUGUUAUGAUUGCAAACGAUGAUAUUUAUCUCAGAGCUGACAGAUUGGAACACGAGCUGCGCAGAGAGGACCAUCUACAGCGACUUUAUAUCGGACAAGUGUGGAAAACACUCCAUGACCGAACUCUAGAGGAUUACUAUCCAUUGCACACGUAUCCGUCAUUUGCAAUCGGACAGCACUAUUUGCUCUCGAUGGACUGCGCCCGCUUCAUUGCCAAGAACAGUGGGAGAUUGCACGGUUUAGGCGGUGCGGACGAUAUCAGUGUUGCGCUGUGGCUACUGACAAUGCAAGUGCAUGUGGAGAAUACCGUGGCAUUUUCAGGCUUAAGAACAGGAACAUGCCAGAAUAAGCUCAUUUCGCUAGCAGAUGUAUCAUCAUUUGGGAUUCGAUUUAUUCAUGCUAAUCUGGUUGACAAGCGCGCUUUGUGUGACGGGUUUGAUGAGGUAGCUUGGCAAAGAAACAAAACUAAUGCAGAAAUCGACUCGCCCUCCCACUCGAGCUUUGCGUCUUUAGUUGAGAUCCAGGCUUACGUGCACGACCUUGAAGAUACUGAGUAUUUACUUAUCACGACUGUGGUUUCAACAAGGGGUACUGCUGGCGUCAAGGUGUCUUACCAUCCAUCGGCAGAAACAUUUCGCGCCUACUCCAGGCGGGUUUGUUUAGAAGCGCGAAUACUAAUCCACAACACAAAUCCAAAAUCGUGGAUGUGCCAUGGCAUAGCUCAAACGUUACGAACUCGGAUCCAGGAACUGUUCCAUCGUGUCGAGGCAAUAGGAUCUAUUGGCCCAGGGUUUCUAGAGUUGUGGCGACACAACCUUUUCGUUGCCAAUGAAGAUGCUUCGCCGUUGAUUGUUGGAUAUACAACCGAGUCUUCUUACGCGUCGGUUGUAUUUGAGUGCAUCUUCAAGGCCAUUUUCGAGAGCCACACUCGCCCCAUUUUGGUUGUGCCCGAAAAGGUAUUGCGAUUAUAUUAUGGCAACAAUCCUGACGUCUUCAUCUUCUCGAUUUUCGAUGCUGACUGUGAACCAAUGACCAACGAUGGAUGUCAUGAAAUGAUCGCAUACUACAUGCAAGAGUACUUGUACCCUGUUGAAAAAGAUAGAGCGUCGAAGGUUAUGAUGAUAUCUGGCGAGGCGAUAGAUACCAAAGAACUGGAUGACCGAGUUCCUUUGCUGUCAUCAGUAUCAAUCGUGCCACGACUGCAACAUGUGUACUUGCCAGUAGUAAGCAUCUCGUUUGCUGAACGACUGCGAAAUAACCCGACGGAGUUACUUUCUUCAGCGUCGAGACCGCUAAUCGAUCCCAGUGAACGACGAUUUUGUGCGUAUCUGUACGCGCGUUGUGAUCGACCCCAUCGCGAGUAUAUGUUUGACUUGUUGAACGCUGUGGAGCCUGUCGACGCUCUCGGAAUUUGCGCAGGUUCUUCAAGACCGCCAGACAAAUCAUACAAAGCAUCACGUUACGCCAAAUGGUUUAACGAUGAAGCUGUAACGUCGUACAAGAACUAUAAGUUUGUUGUAGCGUUCGAGAAUUCGGCUGAACCAGGUUACGUGACAGAAAAGCUUGUAAAUCCUUUGCUUGCGGGUAGUAUUCCCAUCUACCUGGGUAACUCGACGACGGCUUCACAACUGUUUAAUCCUGACAGCUAUAUCGAUUGUGGACACUUUGAGAAACUGGAAGAUUGCGCUGCAUUUGUGUUGGAAGUUCAUAAAUCGCCAAGGCUGUACGACCAGAUGCGGCGAGAACCACCAAUACGAAAUAUCACAUUGUUUGAUGAAGUAUUUUCGUGGCAUCCUUCGGUUCCGAGCCGAGCCAUGGCAGACAAAGUGGCGAGAAUGCUUCAACUAGACAUUUAGUUCACACAUAUCUGAAUAUAAUGAAAUAAUUUUCUGUUCUCUGGAUUUUAUAUCCAGAGUCCUAUUCAGGAU